CGAGGGGCAGCCACUUUGGAGAAGGCGGGGCCGGCCCUUUGUGGUCCCUCCCAUUUGGUCUUUGCUUCCGGGGCGGUCGUACCGGCCACGUCAUCGUCAGGCUAGGCUCGCCAGCCAGGCAGUGGAUGGUGCGAGCCAAGAUGGCGGCCGCCUCAGCAGCUAGUAUCCGAGAGAGACAAACAGUGGCUUUGAAGCGUAUGUUGAAUUUUAAUGUGCCUCAUGUUAAAAAUAGCACUGGAGAACCAGUUUGGAAGGUGCUCAUUUAUGACAGAUUUGGCCAAGAUAUCAUCUCCCCUUUGCUAUCUGUGAAGGAGCUGAGAGACAUGGGAAUCACUCUGCAUCUGCUUUUGCACUCUGAUCGAGAUCCUAUUCCAGAUGUUCCCGCAGUGUACUUUGUAAUGCCAACUGAAGAAAAUAUUGACAGAAUGUGUCAGGAUCUUCGAAAUCAACUCUAUGAAUCAUAUUAUUUAAAUUUUAUUUCUGCUAUUUCAAGAAGUAAACUGGAAGAUAUUGCAAAUGCAGCAUUAGCGGCGAGUGCAGUAACACAAGUAGCCAAGGUUUUUGAUCAGUAUCUCAAUUUUAUUACUUUGGAAGAUGACAUGUUUGUAUUAUGUAAUCAGAAUAAGGAGCUUGUUUCAUAUCGUGCCAUUAACAGACCAGAUAUCACAGACACGGAAAUGGAAACUGUUAUGGACACUAUUGUUGACAGCCUCUUUUGUUUUUUUGUUACACUGGGUGCUGUCCCUAUAAUCAGAUGUUCAAGAGGAACAGCAGCAGAAAUGGUAGCAGUGAAACUGGAUAAGAAACUUCGGGAAAAUCUGAGAGAUGCAAGAAACAGUCUUUUUACAGGUGACACUCUUGGAGCUGGCCAAUUCAGCUUCCAAAGGCCCUUAUUAGUCCUUAUUGACAGAAACAUAGAUUUGGCAACUCCUUUACACCAUACUUGGACAUAUCAAGCGUUGGUGCAUGAUGUACUGGAUUUCCACUUGAACAGAGUUAACUUGGAAGAGUCUUCAGGAAUGGAGAAUUCUCCAGCUGGUGCUAGACCAAAGAGAAAAAAUAAGAAGUCUUAUGAUUUAACUCCAGUUGAUAAAUUUUGGCAGAAACAUAAAGGAAGUCCAUUCCCAGAAGUUGCAGAAUCAGUUCAGCAAGAACUAGAAUCUUACAGAGCACAGGAAGAUGAGGUUAAACGACUUAAAAGCAUUAUGGGACUAGAAGGUGAAGAUGAAGGAGCCAUAAGUAUGCUUUCUGACAAUACUGCUAAGCUAACAUCAGCUGUUAGCUCUUUGCCAGAACUCCUUGAAAAAAAAAGACUUAUUGAUCUCCAUACAAAUGUUGCCACUGCUGUUUUAGAACAUAUAAAGGCAAGAAAACUGGAUGUGUAUUUUGAAUAUGAAGAAAAAAUAAUGAGCAAAACUACUCUGGAUAAAUCUCUUCUAGAUAUAAUAUCAGACCCUGAUGCAGGAACUCCAGAAGAUAAAAUGAGGCUGUUUCUUAUCUAUUACAUAAGUGCACAGCAAGCGCCUUCUGAGGCUGAUUUGGAGCAGUACAAAAAAGCUUUAACUGAUGCAGGAUGCAACCUUAAUCCCUUACAAUAUAUCAAACAGUGGAAGGCUUUUGCCAAGAUGGCUUCAGCUCCCACCAGCUAUGGCAACACCACCACUAAGCCAAUGGGUCUCUUAUCACGAGUCAUGAAUACUGGAUCACAAUUUGUGAUGGAAGGAGUGAAGAACCUGGUAUUGAAACAGCAAAAUCUACCUGUUACUCGUAUUUUAGACAAUCUCAUGGAGAUGAAGUCAAACCCUGAAACUGAUGACUAUAGGUAUUUUGAUCCCAAAAUGCUACGGGGCAAUGACAGCUCAGUUCCAAGAAACAAAAACCCAUUCCAAGAGGCAAUUGUUUUUGUGGUGGGAGGAGGCAACUACAUUGAAUAUCAAAAUCUGGUUGACUACAUAAAGCAGGAGAAAAAAAUACAUAGGUGGAUGUCACAGAGCUUCAGAAUCAUCAGGCACCUCCAAGGGUCCUACCUCAGUCGCACAGAACAUGCUUCAGAAUGUGGACCACCACUCAGAUCUGUGUACAAUUCCUUGGUUUCAGGGAACCAUCCGUCUUACACAAAGAGAUGUCUUUUAUACCCUUCUCUGUUCAUAUAGCCAGAAUCGGGCUCCAUGACCAGGCUCAAAGGCAAAAAGCAAGGGAACGUAACAGAAACCAGGUGUAAAACCCAUGAAUCUGUAAAAUUUCUAUGAACUGUUCUGACAAGCUAGUAGUGCCAGUCGUCCCCUGGUCUGUCUAUCUGUGACCCUUGGGCAGACUGUAUUAAUCUUUCAUUUAGAUUUGGCCAUGGGUCAGCAACAUGAUUGGUUCCAGGUAUGUCCCUAAGGUAAACACAGGGUUGCAACAGACCAGCUGAAAUUAAUCCUGUACUUAAAUCCCAUCCUUGGGUAACUUUUCUUAAUUACAUUUGUCAGCACUCCUUCUGCAUUUUUUUUUUUUAUCACAUUACAGACCAGAAAAACAGGGAUAAAAACAAAAAAAUAAUAAUCAUUUGUGUAGUGUAGUGACUGAAAUGCAGGUGUAACUUUAAAGAAACUUUGCAGUUUACCAAAUAGUCCAGUGUAAACUUGUUUUUAAUCAUGCGUAAACCUCAUAACUUACCCCUCACUACCACAGAAAUUUUAAUUUUGUGAAAUGUAUUAAUAAAUUGAAUAAAUGUAACAAUUAAUUGUUAA